ACCUUCCUCAGAUAUUGAUCUAAUAGAGGCUUUCUAAUGACAAGUUGAACAACAUAAAAAUAAUUACUUUUUUAGUUGUACACGCAGGUAAAUGCAUGAUCUAAAAGAUUUUAAAUUUGAGAUGAUUCCAGAUAAUUGCAAAUCAAAUUGCCAUUGACUUUCAUUACGUUUCCUGUUAAUUACGGGUCGAGUAUUUAUGAAUUUGUUAAUAUAUUAAUGGUGCUAACUUGUUAAUUUAAUUUACUUUUGUCAGCAAACACCUUAUUGAGUGAACUAUUUUAUGAUAGUCACUAGCAUACAAGAAUGUUGCCAUGAGCCAGAAGCUAGUCAGUCUGAUUGUAGUGCCAAAGGCUAUACCUUUGUCUAUCCAUAUUGUCUUGAGUUUUGAAACUGUGAAAUUCUGCUAUCAUCAUGUCUGGGUCAGGUUUGGAAGAAGAUGGUGGCUCAGAAUGGCUGGUCAAUCUUCUUAAUGAGAUACAGCUUGGUCAAUUCUACAUCAAACUGCGUGAUGACCUUCAAGUCACAAGACUUGUUCACUUUGAUUAUGUAAAGACUGAAGACUUGGAAAAAAUUGGUAUGGGAAAGCCAGCUAUACGCCGCUUGCUGGAUGCUGUUAAAAAACACAAGUCUAUUAGGAAAAAGAGCCUCCUUGAUAAGAUCCUACCCAAAACUGGCAAUGAAAAGGGCCCUCCGCUUCCCAACUCACCCACCAGUCCUGAAAUGGGGGACAUGGCAUUAACUUGCCUUAUAGACAAAAAAAGUGUGUUUCUGCUAGAGAAGAUAGGAAAUGGAUCUUUUGGUGUGGUCAGGAAAGGUGAAUGGCUGACACCAACAGGGAAAAAGAAACAAGUAGCUGUAAAAAUACUACGUGUUGAUGCCUUGUCCCAGCCUGGCUCUUUUGAGGAUUUUGUGAAGGAGGUGAAUGCUAUGCAUACUUUGAAACACAACAAUUUGAUUCAUCUCUAUGGUGUGGUGCUAUCCACUCCACUAAUGAUGGUGACAGAGCUGGCCCUACUUGGCUCUCUCUUAGACAGAUUAAGACAGACUGAUCAACCAAUUCUGAUUUCCACACUCUGUGACUAUGCCAUACAAAUAUCAGUGGGCAUGGCCUUCCUUGAGUCCAAGCGUUUCAUUCACAGGGACCUGGCUUGCAGGAAUGUACUUCUGAAAACUAAUGAAUUGAUAAAAAUAGGUGAUUUUGGUCUGAUGAGAGCAUUACCUAGUCAAACUGAUCACUAUGUUAUGUCUGAACAGAAGAAAGUACCUUUUGCUUGGUGUGCCCCUGAGAGCUUGAAAUCUCGACAGUUUUCUCAUGCUAGUGAUGCCUGGAUGUUUGGCGUUACUUUGUGGGAAAUGUUUACUUAUGGACAAGAACCAUGGUUGGGUUUCAAUGGAUCUCAGAUUCUACAUAAGAUUGAUGUUGAGAAUGAGCGUCUGCCCAAACCACAUGACUGUCCCUGUGACAUUUACCAGCUGAUGAUGCAAUGCUGGGCUUACAAACCUCAAGACAGGCCAUCCUUUGUGGCCCUCAAAGAUUUUCUCUCUGAAGUGAUUCCAGAAAAUGUGAGAGCCACCCGUUCACUUAAUGAAGAAAACAGGCUUAAGUUAGAAGAAGGGGACUUAAUCACUGUCAUUGAUGGGAAACCAGAUUGUUUUUGGUGGAAAGGACAAAAUAGGAGAACAGCUGAAGUUGGAACUUUUCCCAGGACGAUGGUGGAAGUGCAGAGGAAACUUGCAGGUGCAGAUAUUAGUGUACCAUUAAAGAACAGCUUUAUACACACUGGUCAUGGCGACAUUGCAGGCAGCACCUGGGGAGAUCCUGGGCAGAUUGAUGAAGUCUACCUUAGAAAUCCAAUGGACCCUCCGGAUCUCUUUGAAGAAGAUAAAGGCCUAGCUAAUCAGCUGCGAUCAAAAAUCCAAUCCAGUAGUUUCCAGUUCAAUUACAGUAAGUUGAAAGGUGAUCCUGAGCAGAAACGUCCCACCUCUGAUCCUAUUCGCCAGCGCACACAGUCUCAGCGUCAACGGGGCACUAGUCAGAAAAAACAACAGACGAAGAGAGCAUCCACCUAUACCGUUAGGAGUGACACUCCAUCAGUUGCUUCUAACAUCAGUGUUGAAAUCAAACAAGAAGGCAAGUCAGAUGCUCUUCUUAUUGACUUGGCCACCUCACCUAAAGAAACUGCACCAGAAGUAGCUAAGAAACCCUCCAACUUGGAUAUCUUUGACUCACUGUGUAUCUCCACUGAACAGCACUAUGGCAAUAUAGAUCUCCCUGAGCCCCUGUUUACCACGAAGGAACCAGAUCCUUUUGAUGUCAAUGCUCGCUUCCAUUCUGUGCCAAAUAAUGGGGUCAUUAACUGGAACAGCAAUAAGGAAAGUGUUAGCUCAUCUAGCUUCGUCUCAACAGAAGAUAGUAUUAAGAACCUGAAUAAAGCCGCAAGUGGUAUAAACUUGUCAUUAGAGGCCCCAAGCACACCUUCGUUUCCACAGUUGAAACCCCUUGGGAGCGCUGUGACAAACAGCCCAGUAGGGUGUGAAAACAAUCUAAGGGGCAAGCAAAACUCUUCUCCAGUCAGUCAGUCUGCAGCUGUUGCAUUGCUUCCCCCAAACAGCAGAGUGACACAAAAUAGUGACCAAGCAAAAGAGUCUGCCUUUACUUCCAUGAGUGGUGGACUACUAUACUGUGAGCCUCCAUGUGAAGAUCCAUCUUAUCAACCAACUAGGUCUGUGACAAAUGGUUUUGUUGGACAGAACCACAGGUUUAACUCCCCUGCACUUCCCAGGCCACAGAGCACAAGUAACAAGCUGAACAAUUCUGAAAGAGACCUCCAACUUAAGCCUGCUGCUGGUCUUAACCCAGCAUUCAGAGAACGGCUGGAGAAUGUGGUACAAGCCAAUGCUGGUCAGUUGUCCAACAGCAAAGUUUUAACGCAGCAACAAUCUCCCCAGGCCCUGCCUUCUGGAGACUUAAAAAACUUGCAACAAAGCCCACGCAAUCCUUUUCUUCAACAGCCCCCUGUCUCAUCACACAAUGUUGUAAAGCCCACUGCGAAAAUGAGUCAGCCAGACCCAGACAAAAUCAAAACAGAAAAGGCAUUUGACUGGCUGAAUGAAGCCUUAAAGAGCAAUUUGACCAUACAGUCACAGAAAAUUAUGACCAAAGACUUCCAGCUUGUAGGGGAGACAAGUAAAAAGGAUCAAAACUACUUGACACAUCCAAAGUCUGACUCUUUGUCACAGCAGAGCUCCAGCGGAGAUGAAGGUGUCAGUUCAUCAAAAUCUUUGAAAUCAGAUAAAGAGAUACGCUCAUUUGACAAAACUUUGAAUGCAUCACGUUUACCUUUAUAUGAUGAUGUCCCUGCAGAGGCUGCUUGCCAAUCAAGUCACUAUUCUAACUUGGCCAAUGAGCAGGAAAUAUACCAGAACAAAAUGGCAUCAUUUAUUGGCAAUGGUAAUGGUGCUGUUGGUCAAAUGUAUACAACAGAGCACUAUGCUGACAGCUCUGCUUUUAGUGAUGCAGCUUGGGACGAUGAGUUUGAUGAUGAUGAAGAAGAAUUCAAUGAGAAUAUUCUGAAGGAACUAAAUGCCGAAGAUGCUCAGUCACCUUCUAGCAAACCGCCACCUCUACCCCCCAGGACUUACCAAACUAGUGUACAUAAUAGUAGAUCAACUACAAUGUCAGAUAAACCUUAUAUUCUGCCUUUAAAACAAGAUGGACACCAGUUGAGCCAUACGCACUACUUCCUAAUACCAUCAAUAAAUGAGCAGGAUGUCUCCUACAAACGAGAAAAGUCUCCGCCCCAGAGAACAACAGCUACAGUGAAGCCAUUUUUGGUCAACUCUGGCUUCGACAUCAGUGAUGAGCGCAGCAAUGUCAGAGAUUAUCAGAAUGUGAGCGGCCUGAUGCGACAGGAUGUCAUACAGAGGUCUCUCUCGAACAUGUCUAGCUCAUCUUCUAAAUCCAGUGGUGGGAGCUGCGGCUUAGGGGAAUCCCCACCCAGAUCACAUCACCAGUACCAUAGAUCACAGUCCUCGCCUUCCAAACCACGGCCUAUACUCUCUCAGCGGAGAAGUGUGGUGGACGAUAGCCGCUACAUGGGGACCUCACCUCAGGACCGCAUUGCCCUUGUGCAGAGCCGUGUCAUUGGUGUCACGGAUGAUGAGUGCUACACUGCGUUGUCCACCACACAUUGGGACGUGGAGUCAGCCAUUAAGUACCUAAAAGUAGAACAGUUAUUUAGACUGGGUGUGGCAUCCAGACCAAUUUGCCAUAGGCUCUUAGAGUCAUUGAAUUGGAACCUGGAGUUGGCCAGCUCAGUUAUAAUUGAUGAAGCAAAUAACAUGAAAAAAGCACGUGUUGAAAGCACUGUCUAAAUAUAGCUAUUCAUUUUGUGCAUAGAUAAAAAAUACUUUCAGUAUGUAUCUAUUUUAUGCAUUUAUAAAUCAUAUUUAUGGUAACGGGUGCAAAAAAUGAUGAGAAAGAUUUGUUGUAAUAUAGAAAAAUUGUAUUGAAUUUGUUGCUUCAACUAAGUUACUAGUAUAUUACUAAUACAACUGUAGAAAAAAAAAUCUGCCACAUGUGUGUAAAAUCUCUACCUAAUUGGUUAGAGAAAUAGUUCUAAAAUAUCACUUUGGUCAAAUAUUAUGUUUUGUCAAUUAAAACUAUAGUUCCAAUACAGUGGACUAUGUUUUGAGCUUGGUAAGCCAUGACCUUAGCCAUUAUAUUUCAAAUAUGAUUGAUCUUUUUUUUUCUAGUUAAUUGGCAUUUGUGUUUAAAUUAGUAUAAAAUUCAGUUGUAAAUAUUUGUUCAUAUCUUGUACCUGCUAAUGUAUAGAUUUCACCUAUCCGUCCAUACAAGUCAUAAGUUGAAAGUCAUACAUAUAACUUGUCUUACGUCUAAGAGAUCUACCCCAUUUCUACAUACUAGGAAAGUACAGAAAACAAUUGUAGAAUGCUGUGUCAUUGGUGUCACAGAUGAUGAAAUCGUGAUUAUUAAGCUCAGUUAUCUACAAAAGUUACUCACUUGACCUGGUAUCAUAUUGCAAAUAAUUGCAGUGUUUUUCCAUGACAAAGACCAGUGACUAUUUUUGUUUGAUUCGCUAACACUCUUAUUGAUGUCUCCCAUCUACUGGAAAUGACUUGUUUAUAUAAAUAUUUCCAAAUCAUUUAUUUUUGUUUCAAUGAGUGUCAAGCAAAACAAAAAGCUUUAAACACAAUUGUGAACAAUCGGCAUGUUUUGCCACAACUGCUUCUAUCAUUGAGCAUUAUUUGUAUUUGUCUUCAUUGUCAUGUUCUUUCAUGGACAAUGUGAGAGAAUCAAGUUGUUGUUUGCUGUGUCACAGUCAAGUGGAACUCUGAUUGUUGCUGACGUGUAACAUAGGUCACAUUGUUAGGAUAGAUGAUAUAUAGUGCUCUGAAAAAUAAAUAGCUUUAUCACUGGCUCACUCAGCUACUCUUUGAGCAUGGUCUAAGGUAAAAGUGUAUCACAAAGUAGUUUCAUUGAAACAUUUUCUCUCAUCAAACACACUCAUGAAUUUGUGUACACUUGUACUACCAAUUGUUGUGGGAAGUCAUAUAGUCUUUUAGUUAAACUUCUGGUGUAAUUAACAUUUUAUUAGAUGCUCAUAUUUGUUUUAAAACCCUAGGGAUUCCAGGCAAACUUUAUUGACACAACUUCAAAGAACUGUUUGAUUGUUAGAGGGAAAAUUGUAAUACCUUGAAUCUAUCUACCCCUGACACAAAUCUAGGACAGAAAAAUAGCUAGAGAUUUUAAUAUGAAUUCCUUCUAUUUUGUGAUUGGAUAUUCAUCACAUUCUUUUCUUUUGUUGACAUGAUUAUUUUUUUUUUCAAAUUUUCUUUUAUAUAGCAUAACUUUCAUCUAUUUAAAAAAAAAAGGGGGGCUUUGACCAUCCUUUCAUGUGUGUUUGUCAUUAAAAUGAUUUUAAUGGUAGUUUCUUUAAAUUUGAUAGAAUAGCUCCUUGUGAAAAAGAAAUUUUUUUGUAUACUUGCAAUUGUUGGAAGUGAUUUGUCAAUCUGUGAUGUAAUGUCAGAUGUGCCUCUUCCUAGGUUCAAAGGGAGUUUUAAGAGUUCAUGGUCUAGUUCAGAUUCACUCUAAGCGCUACAUUAAAUAUAUACUAAGAUUACUUCAAGCUGUAAUUCUUUUAUUAUUAAUUGCAGUUAAUUUCUAUCCCUCUGUGAACUUUGAAUAAUAAAAAUUUUAAACUGAGACAUUAAAAUGGUUUUAAAAAAUUUAUAAAUCAAUUAAUUGUCACUGACAAUACCUUGUACCGGUACUUCUAGAAAAAGUCUGGACUGGUAUUAACCAGAAGUAUUGUCUUUUAUAAAAAAGAAAGUAAUACUUUGACUAAAAAUUCAUUCGCAAUAGUUGAAACAAAACCCAAAAAUUUAAAUUUGAGAAUGACUUUGCUUUGAUGAUUUUUGCAAAAUGACUGGUUUGGACAAUGACUUUUCUUUCAUCAUUUGUGCUAUGUGACUUGUUUUGACACUCACAUAGAGUGAAUGGUAUCAAUGACCUCCAAUAGGGUCAGUUGAAUAUCUGUUAUUAUAAGAAACAUCAGUGACCAGCAUUAUCACUCUGUGUUUCAAGUUUGUUAAGCAAAAAGAUCAUGUUUCAGUUCAUCUAUUUAGAUAUUUUGGAUCAUUUUUCUUCUUCAUUCUGUUGUGUCCUGUUCCGAGGCAAACAAAAAUAUUUGUUGGGACAUAAUAGGCAUAGAUUUUCCUCAAAUUUGGAUGAGAGCUGGUCCAUUUUUGGUUUAUUCUACUCUACUUUCUUUUUAGAUCAUUCAUUUCACUUUCUUUAAGAUCAGCAGUACAAGGCUCUUUCAUUGCAAGGCUUUCUCUUGUGCUUCAGGUGAAACUGGUGGCUGAACAAAGUGAUACUGUAUGCAACAUGUUGAAUGUUAUUGUGAUAACACAGACUGCAAAAAAAAACUUGACUUUCUCUUGUGGUCAAACUGUUUCUCAUUGUGAUGCCAUUGUUGAAUCAUUGAUAAAUGUUAGUGGCCUUUAGAGUGUUUGGUGAUGUACUUAUUCUUAUCACCUUUAAACUAAUGUAUCCUUUCAUUUUGUUUGUUGCAUACCGGUACCUAUAUAUAUAUAUAUAUAUAUAUAUAUAUAUAUAUAUAUAUAUAUAUAUAUUAAAAUAGAAUCAACAAUUUUUGUUAUUUUAAGCAUUUUGGAAUGUUAAAAUUAGUUUCUCUUUAAUAAGAAAUACAUUGGUAUACUAAUAAAAAUGUAAAUGGAUAAUUUAAAUCUAGCUGUAAAUGUAUUUUGAUUUUUAUGUUUCUAAUAUUUCUUUGAAAAAUGGAAGAAUAAUUAUUUUUUAUAAAGAUUGGUAAAUUUGAUGUUUCCAUAUCUUGACUUGUAAAGUACUGAAUACUGUAUCAUCUGGAAAUACUCUGCAUGUUUUAUUUAUUUUUGACUAAAUCAUUCUGUAUUAAUUCUGAAUUUAGUUUCCUUGGUUAGACAACAUUUGAACAUGUAGAAUUGUUUAUUCAUCCAUGACCAACAAGUGUAACACAUUGCUAGUCAGUGUGAACAAAACAAAUAGCAUGACCAUCCAUCCAACAAUAACCUGGUCUACUUUCACACAUGUUCAAAUAAACUUGCACCAGAAUGAUAUUGUCAAAAUGAUCUUAACCAAUACUACACAUAUUUAUGUUGCACUAUCCUCUAUGUGUCUAGAUUUGUGUGCUGAAUAUCUUUUUGUUGAAUGUGGUUGUGUCUAGCAUCUUUCUGCAUUCAUAGAUUGUAGGAAACACUAGUGUUUUGAGUAACUCAAUCAUUUUUUGUUCACCCUAUUUGUUGUGUACCCAUAUACAAAUGUAUCAAACAUAUUUUCUCUAUCAUGUUGUGACUAAUAAAUAUGAUUAUUAAUGAUAUGAAAUGGGAUUAAUCAUUUAUUUUUGGAAAUACACAUCAAUGUAUCUAUCUAUGUAGCUUUAUGAGAUGAACAAUUUGAAAAAAUCAAAAUUUGUAUGUUGACUGUAUUUGUCAUUUGACUACUAUUAGAAUCAAUGAAGAUCAUUGUAAAUCUAGUCACCAAACAUAAGAUUUAGAACAUAACUAAAAAAUACAUGGAGAAAAAUGGAACAUAACUAAAAAAUACAUGGAGAAAAAUGAGCUAAGUUCCUUUCAGUGUUUGAAUUUUUUAGUCUAAAGCAUUAUUCAUGUGCUAGGAUUCAAUUUUCACACAACUUUUUUUGAAGAAAUGUAUAUACCAAUCAUGCCUUAUUUAAAAAAGAAAUAUUCUCAAAAAUGUAAGCAGACUCCAGCAUCUCUUUCCCCCCCCCCCUUUUCCUUUUGUUAACCCUUGUCUCAGUUUCACAGCUCAUCUUCAUUGUGAUGUUGUUAAGUAUAUGUAACACAGAGGUCAUAACCUUUAACCUUAAUACUCAAAAUGUUUCAUUGCUAAUUAUUGCAUUUUUAAAAAUAUAUUGUGUCUGCUUGUUGUUUCAGUGGAAAUGCACUGGAGAUGAAAAAAAAGGAGGGGGGGGGGGGAGGGGGGAUAACAACUAAAUAGAUGUUUCUUUUGAUUUUUGAUUAAACUGACCUAUCACGAGUUAAAAAAAUAAUUUCAGACCCUGACAUAAUUGUGUAAUGUCAUUGUAUACUGGAACAUCAUCAAUCAAAUCAGUUAGAGAUUAAAAAAAAAAGAAACAGCCUUUGAAAUACAAUAAAAGAUCCUCAUUUGGAAAAAUCACACCAUUUAGUUUAUUUCAUUCUGUUAAUUUCAAAUUUUGCUAUAAUUUAUGAAACAACACAAACCUAAAACUGUAAAUAUAUUUUUUUUAAGGACAUGGGAAAUGGCUUUUAUUAUUAGAAUGUCUAAUGCUAAUUGCUUGAUAGAAAAGAUACUUAUAGUAUAAAAACUUUAAAGUAAGGUAAAAGCUAGACAGUCCUAAUAUAUAUAUAUAGUUUAAAAAUCACACUAUAUUUGAUUCAGUUCAGAAAUAGUAUUCUAGUGCAAAAACAAAAAUACAAAUGCAUAAAGAAUAUGUCAAGAACUAUUUACAGCAUUUUUCUAAUUUUCUGUAUAUUUUUCCUGUAACUCAAAUGACAUUUAAACAUAAUUAUCACCAUCAGUAUCUCUUUUUAUUUGUUUCUUUAUCUCAGUCAUAGGAUUUAUUUUCUUAUAACUAUUUUGUAUGACUUAAAAAUAAAAUCUUCUAAAUACUGUAUAUUUUUUAUUUUUUUAAAAUUGGAACAGCUUUCUUAAUUUUUGAAUUUUAUACUGCCAGAAAAUGUUUUUCUUGCGAUAUUUUAUUAAAUAAUGGAAAUAUUUAUAUUCUGUGUAUUUUUUUCUGAGACGCUAUCUUAUUAUGGUUUAUGGUUGUAGCUUUAUACCUUGAAACUCAGUUUUUGUCUUGCUUCCCUUUAAUUAAUUCUCCAUUAAAUAUUUGCUAAAGCACUAUAUGUAUUUUGAAACUUUAUAAUUGUUCACUUUUGCAUUGAUGUAAGUUGCACAUGUAUGUUAAAAUGUUGCUUAGAAAUAAGCCAAAAGUUAAUUUUAAUUUAAUAUAAAAAAAAAAGCAUUAAAUUAUUUCACCACUACAAUUUUUUUUUUCUGUUAUUUCAUUGUUUUCUAUCUUCAGUAAGAAUCACUUGUCUGAAUUUAUUUCACUGAAUAUGUUACAGCACUGUACACUGUACUUUUCAGGCAAAGUAGAAAAUAAAUUCAAAGCUUUUAGCUGUCAAAAUGUUUUAGUGUUGAUUGGAUUUUUUUUUUUUAAAGGCAUCUAAGGCAGUUAGUUGGUUUUUAAGGUGCAAUUAUUUAUUGUAUAGGCUAGUUAAUGCUAUCUUUGAAUGCCAAUGUUAUUCACCUUAUUCUCUGAUAUAUUUUAUUUAUAAAAACAAAACAACGUGAAUAUUUUCAGCAAAUAAUUUUAAACUGUCAAAACAGGGCAUAGUGUAAAAUGUUGUGUUACAAUAUAGUUCACUUGUCUCUUUUAAAUGUCAUUUACAUUUUUAUUCAAUGACAAAAGUGAUCACACCUUUUUUGAGUUGAAUCAUUUCAACUUUUUUUCUUGACAAUUAAUUAAGCCAAGGACAAUUACAAUUUAUAUCUGCUAUUAUUGUAAAAAGGAAAUAGAUCAGACAACUUCAGAGCCCCAUUACAUUUACCCACACACACAAGAGGCCCUUAUAAUCAAAUAGCACACAAUUUUUCCUUGGCACAGUCUUCAAAAGAGCUGACAGCUCAGCAGCAAAAAGCUGGCUAGAAGAAGAUAAUUAAUUGUAUAAAAUUAUGAGCAGAAGGAUGGCUUCCUGGUUGUGUGGUAUGUCCUCUGGACUGACUUUUGGUGCUCUCGAUGAUCCCAGGCCAUUCCCUAUUGUCCUGUUUUGGGCACAGAUGUCCUUAUUUUCCAAUCUGAAGGAACAUCUGAAACAUGUAAAACAAAACAUUUUGACUAGGACUUGAGAAGGCUGAAUGAAACCUUCCCUUAUGUCAGAUAACAAUAUUUGAACAAUGUAAAACAUCUGCUAGUAGCUUACUUGAUGCUAAAUGAAUUAUUAAAACCACUUGAUCAUGGACUGAAUAUACAAAUUAUCAUUACUCUCGUUCUCUUCAUAUUGUUGUAAAAAUAGAUUUAGACUUCUCAACAAUGUUUUCCUGUUAACUUGACAGUAGUUUAAUGUAGCUGACAUCUAUUCUCCUUCAAUAAUUCUAAAUCUAUAUUUACAUUAACUCUGGUGUUACGGUCUAAUUGCCUGAGUAGAAAAAAAUUGACCUUUAAAAUUAUGUGAUUUAUUAAUUUUUGUUUGUUUGUUUGUCCUUAGAUAUAUGUGGUAAACACAUGAAACUGCUUUAAAAUGUACAUAUGUUUAUAAUGUACUAUAUAUAUAUAUAUAUAUAUGGAUUAAAUGUUAAUAACUUUAUACAUGUCUUAAAGCAUGAUGUAGUCAAUGUAGAGAAAUAGUUGACUGACCAGUGCUAGUGCAGUGAGAAUGCGGCUGUGUACUACAAAGAAAUGAUAAAAUUGAAACUAGGUUGCUUAUUUCUUUUUGAUAGAAUCUAAGUCUAGAUAUAAAUUUAAUACAAGUUAUCUAUAUCUUUCCUUAAAUAUCUAGAUUUAAUACAAGGUAUCUAUAGAAUAAUAUAUCUGUCCUUGGAGAUCUAGAUUUAAUAACCAGGUAUCUAUAGAAUAAUAAAUCUGUCCUUAGAGAUCUAGAUUUAAUAGCAGUUACAUUUAUCUAUAAAAUAAUAUAUCUGUCCUUAGAGAUCUAGGCAUGGUCUGAAAGACAUAUAAAUGGUGAGUUUGGUCUUUUGUGGCCUUGUGAUAUGCCCUUAGGAUUGUCAUGAAGUAGGUUUGGACUAGGGCAAAACUUUUCUUUCAAGAAAUAUCUGAAACAUUUUUAAAAAGUCCAUGGUAGAUACUACCAUAGUAUAAAUAAAGGCUUGGUAUCAAAGUGAUUGUGCACCUUGUUAGUGAACUGAUAGUUUUGGAUGUACACUUGAUAGGUUUAAUCAGCCCCUGAGUUUACCAUAAUGCUUAGCAGAGGAGAGUGAAUAUGGAUGUUCUACUCACAAAUGUUGGUCAUAGAAACUGAUCAAUUCGAAUGUUCUUCCUCUGCUAUCGAACACAUAGAAGAAACAGCCUGCAUUCCUAUGUGUUUAAGUAUAAGCUGUAUUGUGCAUGCAACUUUCCUUCAGUUGAUCAGGAAAUGGAACAAAGUUGUGUCUCAACAUGAUCUGGCUGAGGUCUUGAACAUUCAGUUAAUGACAUAUCUGACUGGCUAAUUUUGAUUCAAAUCUUUCAGCCACUGGUCUAGCUUUCUUUUUUGGGUAUGAUGUGUAAUGACCAUAUUUGUAUACCUCCAAUAAAGACUAAGUCAUUGCUUAUGUAUAAUUAUAAAUACUAAUGAUUCUGAGGGUGCAAUGCUUGUCGACUUUUUUUUUAGCAUUUUAUUGAAAUUUAAUUAACCUUUUUUUUUCAUUUCUAGAAAGGUAAAAGUGUCCUUUCAUUUUCCAAAUGGGUGUAUCUUCUAUGUACAAAUUGUUCAAACAUUUCGUAACUCAAAAUCAUUGGUAAAAAGAGAAAAUGUAUAGCUACAUUAAUGUUGGUUCUAGUUAUGUCAAUAUAUUUUGUACCCUAUCUGAAUCUUUAUAAAAUUAUUUUCGCAAAGUUACUUUCAAAUGUGAAAAAAAAAGUUAUUAGGUAAAAAUUCUUAUUUGUAUUUUUGUCUUGUAUGUGUAGGUCUAUGUGAAAAGUUUAUGUACGUGUAAUAUCAUCACUGGUAACUUUAGAAUUCAUAGUACAGAGAUGGUUCUAAUCUUAUGGGCUGUAUUUGUUCUACUGAUCAAUGAAUGAGUCACUAUUCACCCUGGUCAAGUAUUACUCUCUAUGACCCAAACCCAGUCGGCAUGCUCGCCAAGCAGACAGACAACCCAUUUUGGUUUUAACUUCCUUUACUAACCAUCACUAACUUCCCCUGUCUUCACUGUUAGUAGUAGAGUUGAGACGUGUACUUGUAGAAUGAACAACAAAAUAUCAAAAUAGUCAUAUUUAAAUAUUAAAUGUAGUUGUUUUGUUCCUAUCAAUUACUUAGUAAUUUAUACAUUCGUCACUUGAUGGCUUGAAGACUUUGGAUAGUCAAAGAGCCCCCCCCCCCCUUUUUUUUUUUAUAAUGAUUCUUACCUUAUAUAUGUUAGCUUUAUCUUUUUAACAAAAAUAUCAUGUUUUUUUUUUUUUUUUGCAUAACAACAGUCACUUUUCGAUUUAUUAUUUUUUUUUGUUUGUUAUCAGCAUUCAUAACAAACAUUUUUAGUACGAUUACUAACAACAAUAUUGUUAAACCGAACUUUUAGAUGACAGAAAUAAAAUUCAGAAUGUAGGCCUA